CUUCACUACUUUCCUACUAGGAUUGCAUGCGCUCAGCCCAGUGUGAGUAAUAGUCGGCCAGAUGUCUCCACAACGACCCCGUGGUUAGCUCCAAUUGUGUGGGAGGGUACAUAUGAUUUGACGGUGAUUGACAACAUCUACAAACAACAGAACAUCACUGUGGCAGUCACCGUCUUCGCUCUGGGAAAGUACGUACGCUUCCUGAAGGACUUCCUAGAAUCUGCAGAGCAGCACUUCAUGGUGGGCUACCAAGUGCAUUAUUACCUGUUUACCGAUGGUCCAGACGAGGUUCCCGCGGUAACGCUGGGGGAAGGGCGUCAGUUGACCGUGAUAAAAACAGAAACCUCGAACCGCUGGCAGGAAAUCUCACUGCGCAGGAUGGAGAGAAUCGAGAAGCUCAUCGAGAAGGAACUCACCGACAAGGCAGACUACAUAUUCAGUCUCGACGUCGACUCCAAAUUCUACGCUCACUGGGGGGCAGAGUCUCUGGGCGACCUUGUCGGCGUGCUGCAUGCCUGGUUUUUCGGAAAAUCUCGGGAACAGUUCACGUACGAGCGGCGUCCUGAAUCUUAGGCCUUCAUACCUUUACAAGAAGGAGACUACUACUACGGAGGUGCCGUGAUCGGAGGACGCCUCGACAAAGUGCACCAGCUGGUGAAGACGUGCCGCAUGCAGCUGGAUGUGGACCGAGCCAAUCACAUUGAAGCGGCAUGGCAGGAGGAGUCUCACCUGAACAAGUACUUCCUGUACAAUAAGCCCAGCAAGUUGCUCUCACCUGAAUACCUGUGGGACGACACAAAAGGGAAACCCAGCUACAUGAAAGUGGUGCGUUUCUCUCAGGUGGUCAAGAAUUACGCCGACAUCCGACCCAACCCUUAA